AUGGGAACUAAAACAUCAGAUCAUUCUAACUACAAAACAUCCACAAGUUGGACCAAACCAUUUAUUCCUACUAUUUCUGCACCACCUGAAACAAUUGAUAUUAGUUUCCCAACAGGAACACCUAUAAUUCCGGGUCUCUUACCAGGAAUGACUGCAAUUCCUGUAGUACCAGGACAGGAUAUUGCCAUUGCGAAUGAAAAAUUAUAUGGAUCUGACAUUUAUAAAAAUUCAAUUCGAGAAGUAGAAGGUGCAUUAAUAGAAACAAGCUUUAAAACUACAAUUGGUGUCCUAUUAGAUGAUUUCUCCGAAAGCUUUGGGAUGCGCGAAAAAGUAGCAAAUUACUAUUUGAAGCAAAAUAACGAUUUUUGGAUCAAAAAGGCGCAUAUGCAAACAGUAUUAACUGAAUAUCGGCAAAGUUUUCGCAGUUUCUUUUAUUCUAAUAAGAAACAACUAACACUACCUCCAGAAGAAAUUUGGGAAUUCAACCUUGGUAAAGCUAGUAGAACGAAAAUUGGUGUUCACGAUUACAUUGCUAUGGAUGUCGAAUUUUAUUCUGUUCUUGUUACUGAUGCCAAAACCAUCUAUAGAUCUGAACCAGCUUUGGAUAAGAUUGGUGGAAAAUGGUCUGAUCAUUGGAUACUACCUGUGGAUCCUGAAUUCAUCCUGCAAAGAACUGGUUACGCGUGCCUUAACGAAAACUCGUACCCCAAGCACACUGUUGAAAGUGAGAAUGUAUGGGUAUAUUACGAUGAUACUUGUAAAGUUGAACAACCGCAACCCACAUACGAUCCGAGUGUGGUCCGUUGCCACUAUAGUAUAUAUCCUGCAAUCUCUUGUAUUGAAGCAUUGGAAAAAAACGUUGGUUCUGUGAAUGUGACGAUAACGUGGCAUCGAAUUCCUUUUAAUGAGAAUAUAGCAAAAAAAUAUCGUUUUGGAAAGCAUACUUCUUCCUUACCUGAUUUGAUUGUAUUUCCUAAAACUUUAUCAGAACAAACUCGCGUAGCUUAUAGAUAUUACGGAGAAAAUAGUUGUGUAAUGCAUGAGGGUCGCGGUCAAUGUAUUGGAGCUCCUGGAUGGAGACGACUUUUGCGCUUUGCUUCGUCUUCCAUCAAUUCGGGUAAAAUUGAUAUUCAUCUAGGAAAUGUGACUGAUCUUGAUCACUUGUAUCAUGGUAUAGUUGAAUGGGAUAAUUGUCAUAAACAUUUUCAUUUCCAACAUUUUGCUAAAUACCUUUACGGUGAAACAUUUGGACGUAAAGUGGGAUUUUGCCUGCAAACUUCAUGGCGUUAUUUUAAUACAGAAUAUGCUUGUUUAAAUACUCCAUACGAUACUUGUGCUUAUCAAGGGAUCAGUGUUGGUUGGGGAGACAACUAUGUAGCAGGAUUGGGUUGUCAAUGGAUCGAUGUUACUGAUUUACCUGCACAAGAAAGUAUUUUAAGUGAAACUAUAAAUCCGGAUGGUUUCCUUUGUGAGGGAAGCUUGGCUCUAAACGGUAGUAAUGCUAUUCAAUGGGAUUUGACUAAUUUCACUACCUCAUACGGAUAUCCUGUUUAUCGAGAAAGAUGCAAUUUUGCCAAAAAUUGGGAUUCCAAUAAUUACGCAGGCAUAAAUUAUACUCUGCAUAAAGAUUUGUCUUUCGUAACGGAGCCUUGUACGCGUGGUCAAUCAGGUCCUUUGCGUGACUG